UUCUUCCUGGGCCAUAGUUUCCGCGGUGACAGCAACGGCUUGAUCAAUUACGUCGAGCACGCUUGUAGCUGCUGCAUGAGAUCACGUUGCUUGGAGGGGAGCUGUUCUCUGCCCCAAUAUUUUGCCGCCUACAAAAGGUUUCGAGCUGCACCUCUUCACUCAAUUCCCACAUACAUUCUACAUUACACCUUUCUCUUUCUCAAACCUCCAAACAAUUUACAUACCGCAACAAUGGGUUACCCUGAAACUGCCGAGGGCUUCAUGAUCCACGACCACAAGAAGUGUUCGCAACUGAACAAGGGCGAGUUCAAGCUUAAGAAGUUCGAGGAGCACGACGUCGACAUUGCCAUUGAGGCUUGUGGUGUUUGCGCUUCCGACCUUCACACCAUCACUGGAGGCUGGGGUGAUGCUCCCCUCCCUCUUUGCGUCGGCCACGAGGUCAUUGGCAAGGUUGUCAAGGUUGGCAACAAGGUCACCAACUGCAAGAUCGGUGACAGAGGUCAACUGCUUUCUAACAAUGUUUCCANNGUCGGCGUUGGUGCUCAGAUUGGUGCCGACUUGACCUGCGACAACUGCAAGGCAGACCAGGAGAACUACUGCCCCAACUCCAUCGACACCUACGGUGCUCCUUACCCUGAUGGCACCAUUUCGCAGGGUGGUUACGCUUCGCACAUUCGUGCCAACGACUACUUUGUCUUCAAGAUUCCCGACAACCUCGAGACUUCGAUUGCCGCCCCUAUGCUCUGCGCUGGUCUCACUGUUUACUCUCCUCUUGUCCGCCUCGGCGCUGGUCCUGGCAAGAAGGUCGGUAUCAUCGGUAUUGGUGGUCUUGGUCACUUCGCUCUUCUGUGGGCCAAGGCCCUCGGUGCUGAGGUCUACGCCAUCUCUCACUCUCCCAGCAAGAAGGAGGACGCCCUGAAGAUGGGUGCCAAGGAGUUCAUCUGCACCAAGGAGAAGGGCUGGAACGAGCCUUACAAAUUCGCCUUCGACUUUGUCAUCAACACUGCCGACGCCAUGGACCAGUUCAACCUCGACGACUACUUCAGCACCCUCAAGGUGUGGGGUAAGUUCCACAUGGUCGGCUUCGGUGACAAGCCUAUCCCCACCCUCAUGGCCCAGCAGUUUGCCGGCAACGGCUGCUCGCUGGGUGCCUCCUACAUUGGUAACCGCCCCGAGAUGGAGGCCAUGUUCGAGCUCGCCUCGAAGCAGAACAUCAAGUCGUGGGUCGAGACAAUCGACGUCAGCGCAGAGGGCUGCAAGACUGCCCUGGAGCGUCUCGAGAAGAAUGACAUCAAGUACCGCUUCACUCUUGUCAACUUCGACAAGGAGUUCGGCAAGCGCUCUUAG